AUCUGACAAAUCCACCUUACCAACAAUGUUUAAUUAAGAGUCUCAUACAGUCUUACUUUGAUUUCAGUUCAUAGGGUCAACAAAAGAAAAAAAAAAGAAAAAGUAGUCCAAUACAGCUUCUUAGGUUCAAGUUGAACACAUCUUUCGAUCAUCACAUUUGUAGCUUCAACCUUCUUCUUGCAAUGGAGUUGAAGAAGGGCAAGCUUGUGAGGUUUUACUCUGAUGGAAAACAAUAUAGAGAAACAUCAUGGGGAAAAAAUGACCUGGUACAUCCAGAGGUGUCUUCUGCUGACAAUGUUCCGUCUUCAUUGCUAAAAGCAGAUAAUGGAAUGGUUGGUGGUAGAAAUAGAUUAACAGAGACUAAUAAAGUUGGGAAGUCUAAGAUUUUUCCAGUGGACCAUCCAUCAUGGCAUCAAAGGAUGCUUGAUCCAGGAAGCGAUAUUGUGCUCCGAUGGAACAGGAUUUUCCUUGUCUCAUGCCUGUUGGCACUUUUUGUUGACCCACUGUAUUUUUACUUGCCUACUGUUGGAGGGGAUAAAGAAUCUUCAUGUGUCAAUAGUGACUCAAACUUGCGAAUAGUUGUUACGUUUUUUCGGACUGUUGCAGAUCUUUUUUAUUUGUUGCACAUGAUAAUAAAGUUCAGGACUGCUUAUGUUGCCCCAAACACUCGUGUGUUUGGGAGGGGUGAACUUGUUAUGGAUCCAAAGAAGAUUGCACGGAGAUAUAUUAGGUCUGACUUCUUCAUUGAUCUCAUUGCUACUCUGCCUCUACCUCAGAUUGUCGUCUGGUUUAUCAUACCAGCAGCAAGAAGUCGUAAAGCUGAUCAUAAGAACAAUGCACUUGCAUUAAUAGUUCUGCUACAAUAUAUUCCCAGAUUAUAUCUGAUAUUUCCUUUGAGUUCUGAAAUCAUUAAAGCUGCUGGAGUAGUUACAAGAACAGCUUGGGCAGGUGCUGCAUAUAAUUUGCUACUGUACAUGUUAGCAAGCCAUGUUUUAGGAGCAGCAUGGUAUUUGCUAUCUGUUGACAGGUAUAAAUCUUGCUGGAAAUCGAAUUGUAAAGAUGAAAAUGACCCUAUCAAAUGUUUCCUCAAUUAUCUUGAUUGUGAUACCUUUAAUCAUGGUGAUCGCAAGACCUGGGCAAAAAGCACAAAUGUCUUCAAGAACUGUGAUCCAAACAAUAAUAUCUCUUUCGAUUAUGGUAUAUUUAAAGAUGCAGUGUCAAAAACAGUUGUCUCCUCUAAGUUCAUUGAAAAGUAUUUCUAUUGCUUGUGGUGGGGCUUACAACAACUAAGUUCAUAUGGGCAGAAUUUGUCAACUAGCACAUAUAUUGGCGAGACGUCAUUUGCCAUACUCAUUUCCAUCUUGGGUCUUGUUCUCUUUGCACACUUGAUUGGCAAUAUGCAGACAUACCUUCAAUCUCUUACCGUGAGACUUGAGGAGUGGAGGCUUAAGCGAAGAGAUACUGAGGAGUGGAUGAGGCAUCGCCAACUCCCAGAAGAUUUGAGAAAACGGGUUCGACGCUUUGUUCAAUAUAAGUGGCUUGCAACUCGAGGAGUAAAUGAAGAAUCUAUCCUGAGUGGUUUGCCUGCUGAUCUUCGGCGUGAUAUCCAGCGCCACUUAUGCUUGGACCUUGUUCUACGUGUCCCUUUCUUCUCACAGAUGGAUGAUCAGUUGCUUGAUGCAAUUUGUGAGCGUCUAGUAUCUUCUCUUAGCACUGCAGACACCUAUAUUGUACGUGAGGGUGAUCCUGUAACUGAAAUGCUAUUUAUUAUCAGGGGCAGACUCGAGAGUUCUACUACCAAUGGAGGGCGCACUGGUUUCUUUAACUCGAUUACUUUGAAACCUGGGGAUUUUUGUGGAGAGGAGCUACUGGCAUGGGCAUUGCAUCCAAAAUCUUCCCUCAACUUGCCUUCCUCAACUAGGACAGUCAAAGCUCUAAAUGAAGUUGAAGCUUUCGCAUUGAGAGCUGAAGAUCUAAAGUUUGUCGCCAACCAGUUCAGACGUCUCCAUAGCAAAAAGCUACAGCAUACAUUCAGGUAUCAUUCCCAUCAUUGGAGGACAUGGGCAGCCUGUUUCAUACAGGCUGCUUGGCUUCGGCACAAGAGAAGGAUGACAGAGAAUAACCUCAUCAUUUCAGAAUCUUUUGCUUUGGAUGGAAAAGUGGCUAAUGAAACAGGGCGAGAGGAAGGUUGCCACUGUUCAGAAAGUCCAAGGUCUCAAGCAAAAAUGAACCUUGGUGUCACAAUACUGGCCUCAAGAUUUGCUGCAAACACAAGGAGAGGAGCUCAAAAGAUUAAGGACGCUGAGAUGCCAAUGCUACGGAAGCCUGAUGAACCUGACUUUUUUGCUGAAGAUGAAUAGUGCUUGAAUUUAGCAAGAGCUAUUUAGCAUUUAGCUUUCCCUGCCAAUGGUGCGGCCGAAACUGUUUCAGCGAGCCAGAAAACAAUUUGAUGGCUCUGGAAUGCAAUAUCUUCCGCAAAUGAACUUAAGCUAACAGUUUAAACAUCCUUUCAUUUCAUGAGAGGAGGGGAAGAGGGAGAGGGAGAGGGAGGGGGAAUAUGGGGAGGGGUUUUAUUGUACCCAACAACCCGUGAUAUAGCCCAGUCAUCACCAAAAAGAAAAUGAUGAUUGCGCUGCUACCUCUUUUUUGUGAGACCACCGAAUGCCAUAGACUAUUGAUAUGUUAGCUUUAUGCUUCAAGAAAGCUUUAGUAUUUUUACAUA